CACCCGCCGUGCCCUCUCCUCGUGCGCUCCGCUGCCGGCAUGGCGCACUACAACUUCAAGAAGAUCACGGUGGUGCCGUCCGCCAAGGACUUUAUCGACCUGACAUUGUCGAAGACUCAACGAAAGACCCCCACAGUGAUUCACAAACAUUACCAGAUUCAUCGGAUUCGACAUUUUUAUAUGAGAAAAGUCAAAUUUACGCAACAAAAUUAUCAUGACCGGCUCUCACAGAUUCUUACUGAUUUCCCCAAGUUGGAUGAUAUCCAUCCAUUUUAUGCUGAUCUGAUGAACAUUCUGUAUGACAAGGAUCAUUACAAGUUGGCUCUGGGACAAAUAAAUAUUGCUAAAAAUUUAGUGGACAAUGUUGCCAAAGAUUACGUGCGGCUCAUGAAGUACGGUGACUCGCUGUACCGCUGUAAGCAGCUGAAGCGCGCCGCCCUGGGGCGCAUGUGCACCAUCAUCAAGAGGCAGCGGCAGAGCCUGGAGUACUUGGAGCAAGUGCGUCAGCAUUUAUCCCGUUUGCCAACCAUUGAUCCAAAUACAAGGACUCUGCUUUUAUGUGGGUACCCAAAUGUUGGAAAAUCCAGCUUCAUCAAUAAGGUGACCAGAGCAGAUGUAGAUGUUCAGCCCUAUGCGUUUACAACCAAGUCUCUGUUUGUUGGGCACAUGGAUUACAAGUAUCUACGUUGGCAGGUUGUGGAUACCCCAGGGAUCUUGGAUCACCCCUUAGAGGACCGCAACACCAUCGAGAUGCAGGCCAUCACAGCCUUGGCUCACCUGCGCGCUGCCGUGCUCUAUGUGAUGGACCUGUCCGAGCAGUGUGGACACGGGCUGAAGGAGCAGCUGGAACUGUUCCGGAAUAUAAAGCCUCUCUUUAUCAACAAGCCUCUUAUAAUUGUUGCAAACAAAUGCGAUGUGAAGAGAAUAGCUGAACUUUCUGAAGAUGAUCAGAAAAUAUUUGUAGAGUUGCAAGCUGAAGGAUUCCCUGUAAUAGAGACUAGCACCCUGACUGAAGAAGGUGUCAUUAAGGUUAAAACAGAGGCUUGUGAUAGGCUUUUGGCUCAUCGAGUGGAAACCAAAAUGAAGGGGAACAAAGUGAAUGAGGUGCUGAACAGAUUACAUUUAGCCAUCCCAAACAAGAGAGAUGAGAAGGAGAGACCCCCUUUCAUCCCAGAAGGAGUGGUGGCACGCAAGAAGAGAAUGGAAAUUGUGGAGCCCAAGAAGAAGAGGGAACGAGAUCUUGAGCUGGAAAUGGGAGAUGACUAUGUUUUGGAUCUUCAAAAAUACUGGGAUUUAAUGAAUUCAUCAGAAAAACAUGAUAAGAUACCUGAGAUCUGGGAAGGUCAUAAUAUAGCCGAUUACAUUGAUCCUGCCAUCAUGAAGAAAUUGGAAGAGUUAGAAAAAGAAGAAGAGCUAAGAACAGCUGCUGGGGAGUAUGACAGUGAUUCUGAAAGUGAAGAUGAGGAAAUGGCAGAAAUUCGACAGCUGGCAAAGCAAAUUAGGGAAAAAAAGAAAUUGAAAAUUCUUCAAUCCAAAGAAAAGAAUACACAAGGACCCAGGAUGCCUCGAACUGCUAAGAAGGUUCAGAAGACAGUUUUGGAGAAUGAGAUGCGUAGUCUUGGUGUUGACAUGGAUAAUAAAGACAAUGCUCACUAUGCAGUCCAGGCAAGAAGAUCUCGAAGUGUCACUAGGAAAAGAAAGCGGGAGGAUUCCGUUCCACCCUCUUCUGUAACCCGGAGUCGGAGCUGCUCUCGAACACCACGUGAUGUCUCUGGUCUUCGGGAUGUCAAGAUGGUAAAGAAAGCCAAGACCAUGAUGAAGAAUGCCCAGAAGAAGAUGAAUCGCCUGGGCAAGAAAGGGGAGUCCGAUCGACAUGUGUUUGACAUGAAGCCCAAACACUUACUCUCUGGAAAGAGGAAAGCUGGUAAAAAGGACAGGAGAUAGUGUCCUGUUCAGUCAACAUGGUUUGGGUAGACUGUUGCUGGCUAUUUCUUAGUUUUCUUGAAACAAAAAGUAAAGCAUCCUUUGCUUUGCUAAAUUUGUAGUUAAAUCCCACAUAGGUGUGGGGAAUUUUUAUCUUUGCAUAAUACAAAUACUUGGAGUAGACAGUGGUUCUGCAUUUAAUGGAGGGUUGAUUGUUUCAGAUUUGCAGAACUGGAAAGAUUGGGUGAAAAAACCUUAUUUUCUUUGUGAGAGAACUUUGAUUCAUCAUAUAGAGAUACCCUCUUGUUUGGUGAAGUCAGCAUUUCUGCUUGUGGAUGCGGGCAGAAGGCUAGGUGCCUUGCAUGGUUGGGAGCCAACACUGCUAUAAUUCGGUCAGAACCCCAAUGCUUAAAAUGCCCUCUUAAAUUAUUUCCUGAACUUUUUGUACACUGUAUCAUAAUAAUGUCUUCCAAUUAUUUUAUCCAAAAUAAAUCUGCAAGAAAAAGUA